AUGCAGCAUACAGAGCAUCUUGGGCUAGGAGAGUAUAUGGAACGGCUUCAGGCAGAUGGUGGAUAUCUAGAUGUCUUGAGUGCCGCGACAAUGGCUAAACGUGAGGACAACCUAGCGGGACAGACCAGCGCAGACCGAAAACGGGAGAUCUAUACUGGGAUCAAUUUAGCCAUGCCUGACGCUGGUCCAGUGCACCUCUGCCUUGCUGCCGACCAUGAGCCAGAACGCCCGACCGCGGUAACAUUUGAUAUCGAUAGUAUCGUAGGAUUUGCGUACAGCCUAGCAGUGGCUAAACUUGGAGUGCGGUGGAACUCAACUCAGAUGCCUGUGUCUGAUCUUCACUUAAGUCUACAUCUUGACCCCCUUCCGCUUCAAUAUGUUGAUAGUGACGGCCGCCCUCACCACGUCCGGCGGCCAGUGCAUAAGAUCCCACAUUAUACCUUUGGGCGGUUGGUCGGUUUUGAGGAUAUAUCUCUUUACUUCCUGUUUCCACGACUGUAUCGCGAGGACCAGCAGUCCAGCCGUCUCCGGGAUGAAGACUUUCGUAUUUGGAUGGACCAGGUUCUUCUGCCGGCACUCUACCGGCACUAUGACGGCUCCCUUGUCCACGAGUGGACCCAGUCGCUCGGCAGCAGCUUCUAUUCUAUUUUUCUCCCACCAAAUACACUCGCGCUUGUGUGGGCAAGUAUUCUAGAGACCAUCGAGAAUACUGGACUUCAGCAAUUCUCGGGCGUGACUAUCCUCGUCCAAGGCAAAAACUUGAAGACGUUGACCAAAGCCAACACGUGGGAUGGUAUGAUGCAGGAGUUUGCCCAGCAUUGGGGUAACACGAUCGAUGACUCUCAUCUCUCCGAUCAAUUCUACGUCGACAUCGGGAAAGAGACGUGUCCUACUGGGCCCUCACGGGUUGGUGGUGUGGGACUUCACGCAUCGAGGUACCGUUCGGACACAGAGCCCCGUAUAAACCUACUAGUGCCACAGACCAUCCUCUAA